AUGUCUUAUCCGUCCUUAUCAGAGUUUGAUAUCAUUUUUGCUGGAGGCGGCAGUACAGCUUGCGUUGUCGCGGGUCGCCUGGCAGCAUGCGACUCCUCGCUCAGGAUCUUAAUUCUGGAAGGAGGUCAACACACCCUCGAUAAAGCUGCGCAUGUUCAACCCUACCAAUAUUUCACCCAUCUGGCACCGACGAGUACUACGAUGACAUUGAACAUUGGAAAUUCUUCAUCCCAUCUCAACGGUCGUGCACCAAUUGUUCAGUGCGCCCAUUGCGUUGGUGGAGGGUCAAGUGUGAACUUUAUGAAUUACACUCGUUCGCCUGCCUCAGAUUUUGAUGAUUGGGGAGUUGAUGGUUGGGAAUCUAAGAACUUGAUUCCCCUCAUGAAGAAGCUGGAGACAUACGAGGUGCAGGCCGAUCGUCCAACCCAUGGGUACGAUGGGCCUAUCAAGGUGUCUUCUGGUGGGUGUAAAAUGAGUAUCAGCGAAGACUUUAUCCGUGUUGGCACGAAAUAUCACAAGAGGCCAUUUUCCGAUGACUCCGAAGAUUUAGAAACAUGCAAUUCUUACGGUCCAUGGUUCAAGUACAUUGACGGGACAACUGGAACGCGUUCUGACGCUGCACAUCGCUAUGUCUAUAACCAAGCUCACAACCCCAAUUUACAAAUAUGGGCUGGCAAGCGUGUAAAGCGCGUGAUCUUCGAGGAUAAACGUGCUGUAGGUGUCGAGUUCACCAACGACCCGGUGUCUUGCCCGGACGCAGAUCAGUCAUCGAGUACCGUGAGAGCAUCAAAACUUGUCGUCAUUUCUGGCGGGGCCUUCGGUUCGCCAGCCAUCCUCGAGAGGUCUGGGAUUGGUGCUGAGGCGGUCCUCAAGCAGUGCGGUAUCGAGCAACGUGUACACUUGCCCGGCGUUGGAGAAAACUAUCGAGAUCAUAUUGGCGCCUUCGUUCCGUACUUUGUUGGUGACGAAUUUGUUACCAUGGACCGGCUCUGGCGUGGGGAGGAGAGUGUCAUACAGGAACACCUUGCGCAAUGGAAAAGUCAUAGAAAGUCUCUCAUUGCUCAAAACGGCAACGAUGCAAAAAUCAAGUGGCGUCCUGACGAAGAAGAACUGAAAGUCAUGGGUUCAACUUUUAAACCGCGAUGGAAGGAGUUCUUCCAGGAUCGCCCGGAAAAGGCUGUUGCAAUAUGGACUAUCUUUUCAGGGUCCAGAGUCCUGGUGCCAAGUGACUUUCCACCUCGCAAUUACAUGACUGCCGAAAUGAUUGAACUUUACCCCGUGUCUGUUGGAAGUGUUCAUGUCAAAUUUGGAGAGAACGGCAAGGAAGACAUCGACUUCACUACAGGCUACCUAGAUGAUCCGUCGGAUAUUGUACCUCUCAACUUUGGGUACAAAAAAAUGCGCGAAAUCUGUCGACGCAUGCCUUCUUACCGAGGUGAAGUCGCCGCCUUCCACCCUCGUUUCCCAGAGGGAAGUACUGCAGUCUGCGGAGAAGCGACCGGUCCAGUGGACUUGAAUGCGCCCGACAUCAUCUACACUGCAGAAGAUGACGAAGUGAUCGAAAAAUUUCACCGUGACAACAUCCAAACGUCAUGGCACUCGCUCGGGACUUGUGCCAUGAAAUCAAGGGCAGAUCAAGGAGUCGUUGACGCUCGGCUAAAUGUGUAUGGUGUGACAAACCUGAAGGUUGCAGACUUAUCCAUCGUGCCGAAGAAUGUUGGUACGAACACUUAUUCGACGGCGCUCGUCAUUGGAGAGAAGGCUGCAAUGAUCAUUGCUGAAGACUUGGGUAUCGAAUACAGACUGUGA